AUGGUACGUGCUAAAAAAAUAAAAAAACCCCACGAUCCAUGAUUCAUAGAUACUAACCUCCCAAAAAAUUCAAGUCGCAAUCCUUAAAACCAUACUUGACAGCAGUGCGCUCCUCCCUCACCGCCGCCAUCUGUCUCCAGGACUUCAGCUCGCAGCUCGUGGAGCGCCACAACCGGCCCGAGAUCGAAGUCGACCAUACGCACAACCCGGAAUUGAUCCUUAACGCCAUGCACAUUGCGCGCAACGAAAACGAAAAGAUCCUAAUUGAACCCAGCAUCAACUCGGUGCGGGUGCUGUUGAAAAUCAAGCAAGCUGAUGAGAUUGAGAGUAUCUUGGUUCAUAAGUUCACCCGGUUCUUGACUUCGAGAGCUGAGAACUUCUUUAUUUUGAGGAGAGUGCCUAUCAAGGGGUACGAUAUCAGUUUCUUGAUUACGAAUUUCCAUACUGAGCUGAUGCUCAAGGAUAAAUUGGUGGAUUUCAUUAUUGAGUUUAUGGAGGAUGUCGAUAAGGAGAUCAGUGAGAUGAAGUUGUUUUUGAAUGCGAGAGCUAGAGUCAUUGCGGAGUCAUUCUUGAUACCUUUUGAUUAG